UAUUUUGAAACACUGGUUUUUAAUAUGUGGGUGGACAACUAGUUGAAAUUCUUGAACUGCAUAGUAAAAUAUUUAAAAACAAUGGAAAAACCUAAUGGAAUACACUACAUUGAGCUUUCUAACAAUUUUAUACGCUUUGACGCCGUCAGUCAGCUAACAAAUGUGUUCUUCGAUGACUCAAACAAACAGAUAUUUGCCGUACGUUCGGGUGGUGCCACGGGUGUGGUCGUAAAAGGUCCUGUGGAGGAUACUGUGAUAUCGUUUUGCAUGAGCGAUCGUGGCGGUGCGAUACGCUCCAUUAAGUUCUCACCAGACAAUCAAGUUCUGGCUGUGCAACGCAAGGAAAAUGCCGUGGAGUUCGUUUGCUUUCAGGGCGAGCAACCUCUGCUCCAAGAUAUUAUAACACAUCAGGUAAAAACGCUGAUUUAUGGCUUCGUUUGGGUACACAAUCGCGAGCUGGCGCUCAUUUCGAACACAGGCGUGGAAAUCUUUCAAGUUGUACCAGAGAAGCGACAAGUUCGUUCCGUCAAGGCGCUAAGCAUCAGCAUCAAGUGGUUUGCCUGGUGCUGCGAUGCCAAUGUGGCUUUGCUAUGUACCACUGAGGGCAACACCCUGGUGCCUGUGCUCGUUAAACAGAAGGUCAUAACAAAGCUGCCCAAAGUGGACUUGGGAAAUCCGGGUCGCGAGGUUCAGGAAAGCAAAGUGACGCUUGGUAGAGUGUAUGGCGUACUGGCCGUCCUUAUACUGCAGUCCAACAGCUCGACAGGCAUGAUGGAGGUCGAAGUACAUCUGCUGAAUGGCCCUGGUCUGGCGCCUCGUAAAUGCCAUGUGCUGCGGCUCAGCCUUGUUGGACGCUUUGCCAUUAAUACAGUGGACAAUCUGAUAGUGGUUCAUCACCAGGCGACAGCGACAUCUCUACUAUUUGACAUCGCACUUAGUGGUGAGGUGAUCGAUAAUGUGACCUACCAUGCGCCCAUUACGACGGGUCGCUCAAUCAAGCCAUUCGGACUCAAGUUACCUUCACUCUCGCCUGAUGGCCAAAUUUUGCAGUGCGAGCUUUACUCUACCAACUGGGUUCUCUUCCAGCCUAAUAUCGUUAUUGAUGCCAAGUUAGGAUGCAUGUGGUAUCUAAAUCUGUCCAUUGAACCACUGUGUAAUCUAAUUUCGGAUCGCAUACGUCUGACUGAAUUUCUGCUUCAGCGUAGCUGCGGAAAACAGAUGCUGUUGAAAGUAGUGCAACAACUAAUGGGCGAUCAGUAUAAGGGCACGCUGUUACCUGUGCUGGAAACCAUCUUUGACAAGAUCAACAAGAUUUAUGCCUCCUGGGUCCACUUGGAGCUACAGAAUCAAACAGCACUGCCUUCGAAUGUGAAGAGCACAAUCACUAAAAGUGCUGCACCGCCCAUAGUGCUCAUCGAGCAAUCGGAUAUGGUGCAAAUCUUUCAGCCGAUAGCUGAGCGACCGUUUACGGAAACUGUGCUAAUGCUGUACCUGCAAUCCCUUAACAAAUACAACAUAUCCGCCCAGGAAGAGCUGAGCAAGAUGAUAAUCAGCGAGUUGAUACGUAAUCAUAGUUUUGAUACCCUGCGUCGCUUGGUCAGCUACUCAAUGCUGCUGGAGUCCAAGUCGGUGGCGUGCUUUCUGUUGGCUCACUCCGAUGGCAACUCGGCUAUAUCACAAAUGGCCAUCGAUAUGCUGGGCAAGAUACAGGCACAUGAGAUUAUAAUUGAGGUGAUGCUUGGUCAGGGCAAGGUCAUCGAUGCGCUGCGUCUGGCCAAAAAUUCGCUGGGCCUCGACAAGGUGCCGGCGCGCAAGUUCCUCGAGGCAGCACACAAAGCUCAAGAUGAUCUGAUCUUCCAUAGUGUCUAUAGAUUCUUCCAGAUGCGCAAUUUGCGCAUGUAUGAAACUCUCGCGUUUCCCAAAGCCGAGCAAUGCACCGAGUUUAUACAGCAUUAUAAUAACACCUUUCCCUCGGAUAGCGCCAAUGAAUUACAGACGAGCUGA